AUGAAACAAUAUAAUGCACUACAGACUGAUGAAGUAGCUGCAAUUUGUUGGUCUAAUAAAAAUAUACAUGUAAAAGAUAUUGUUAUUGUAAGACACAAUGAUGAAUUAGAAAGAAUAUCUGAAUUAUAUA